GGUCAACCUUUCUUACGCGCUAAAUCAUCGCUAAUGGUGUAUACCAAUACCACAAGAAAGGAUCACCACUCGUUAGUCGCUCUUAACUUACGAACAGCUUUAUGAAACACCUACCUGAACUGGAUCUUAUGCCGGGUGAAUAUACAAGCACGUUUGUAGUUAUAUACAUUCAUUUGGGAGCCUGAAUUAUUCAAACGGCUAGGAAAAACAGUUCUUGGUUUUUAAGGGAGACCGUCCACUGCCGGCCGGGGAAUAUUGACUGAUCACAUGGAGUGAUCAGGGAGUAUAGGCCUAUCAAAGAAUUCACAGGUGUCAUGGCUUCUCAAUGUGAUGUUGCGAAGCGUGCAGUAGACGGAUCCACUUCCGAAUUUCUCUUGAAAGAUAUUGCGAUUCGCGCAUCGAAAAAUGAAUACGACGAAAAUCACAAUGAGGAGGGUAUAAUAAACAUGUCGACUGCUCACAACGAGUCGGUACGAGAGAUCAUUACUGAAAAGAUGAAUCAGAAAGACCUCCAGACAUGGGACCAUAGCAUGCUUCCUUACAAUCUCGAGCGAAACGGAAGCAGUCGCCUCCGGAGAACCCUGGCCGAUUUCUUAUCAACGUUGAAUGGUCAAAAUGCUCCCGGAACGGUUGAUCCAGAUAAGUUCGUCAUCGUGAAUGGAGUGACGUCAGCCCUUAGUGCAAUGGCUUAUGUGUUAUGCGACCAUGGGGAUACUAUUUUGACACCAUCUCCGAUGUACGGAGCAAUACCACGUGAUCUAGUGGUUCAGAGCGGAGUGAAGACGUUUCCCGUGUAUGUAAGCAGUAAGGCAGAACCCGAUGGAAGAAAACCGUGGGAACUUAAUGUCGAUCUUCUAGAAGCAGGCUUGGAAAAUGCAAAGCAGGAGGGACAUAAUGUCAGAGCUCUUUUGCUGGUAAACCCUAUCAAUCCUUUCGGAACAGUGUACACUAAACAACAAAUUUUGGAGUACCUCGCAUUCUGCAAAAGGCAUGAUAUACAUUGUCUAAUCGAUGAGAUUUACAGCGCAAGUAUCUUCGACGAAUCAGUAGAAAGUUCCAGUGUAUUUACCUUCCAUUCCGAUGAGCUCCCGGACAAGGAGAAAACGCAUAUCGUCUGGGGAACAGCGAAGGAUUUCGGAAUGCCAGGUUGCCCGUUUGGAGCAUGCUAUACAUGGAAUUCCAGAGUUUUAACUGGCCUGGAAAAAAUAGUUGAUUUCUACCAGAUCCCAAGCUUCGUUCAAACGGCAGUGGCAAAAAUGCUCGAGGAUAAAGAGUGGCUGAGAUGGUAUCUUCCUACGCACAAUAAGAUGUUGCAGGAAUCUUCAACCACAGUGAUGGAGACCUUGAAAGAGUUGGGUGUAUCUUUCGUCAGACCAACCGCUGGGUUAUUCAUUUGGGCAGAUUUUACAAAUAUCAUCGGGGACGUCAACAAAGACACCGAGAAACAAUUUGCUCUUCACUGUCUUGAUCACGGACUGGCCUUCGCACCAGGGUCCGCCUUCGUUUAUAACGAACUCGGCUGGGCUAGACUAGUCCAUGCUCUACCAAAAGCUAAAGUUAUCGAAGCAAUGAAGAGGCUCAAAGAAGCGUGUGCAACAUUCCAAACAAGGUACGCACUUUGAAGAUUUAGACCGACGAACUUGGAAGGCACUGCUGUGUGUUGCUGCAUGCCCUCUACGUUCGUUGAUUUGGACCAAGACUCAAAUUGAAACGCUACAGAUGGAGGCGAAGAUGGUUGAAAAUGGACCAAGU